UGCGAGGGAGGAAGAGACAAGUUAUGGAGGAGGAGAAGCCCCCCUCCCCACCUUCUUCUUCUUCGUCAUUGCCGGUACCUUCGCCGAGCACAAGGUGGAAUCCCACCAAAGAACAGAUCACCAUUCUCGAAGGUCUUUACUGGCAAGGUAUCCGAACUCCAACGGCUGAUCAAAUACAGCAUAUCACCAGCAAGCUGAGGGAGUUCGGUUCUAUUGAAGGGAAAAAUGUCUUCUACUGGUUUCAAAAUCACAAAGCUCGUCAGCGACAGAAACAGAAGCAAGAGAGCUUCGCCUACUUUAGCCGUCUACUGCACCGCCACCCUUCGACACAGCCUCCAACACCACCGCCACCGCCGCCAGCUUGCUCUCCGUUUUGCCUGCAAGUGCAUCAAGUUAGCGGAGUUGGUUUGUACAAGCCACAGUACCCUCACGUCUACUUAGCUGGAGGAGCUUUGAGGAGGCCAUUGCCGGAGCUUCAACGAAUGGAAAUAGCUUCAAACAGAACAAUAGAACCGAUUUCUAGUGCUGGUCAAAUCUCUUAUCAAACCCUGCAGCUCUUUCCUCUUCACCCAACCGGCAUAUUGGAGAAGUCUGAGAGAGCUCUUACAUCCGCUUCCAUGGAAACUGAAUGUCAUGAAGAUGGUCAAGAUGAAGAAGAUUAUGAGAUCUUGCCAUUAUUCAACUUUUUUGGUGCUAACAAAAGCUAA